AUGAGCAAGACUCUUCGCCGAUCCUGUAGUGCCUGUGCCAAUUUCAAACACAGUUGCGACCGACGUACACCAAGUUGCUCUCGCUGCAUCAAGCGCCGGGUCCUGUGUGUCUAUGCGAACGAACCCUGGACAAUCCCGCCGGGACCAGCUGGGCGAGAGCAUGGCACAUCGAUUGCCACGGCCAAGAAAGCCGUCAUUUUGACUAGUUCCAGAUUUGGCUCUCUUGACCCAUUUGAGUCAUAUCCUUCGACAAGGCUUCCUCGAGAACGAGUCCAACGACUCAUUCAUAACUUUCUUCAUAAAAUUGCCUUUCAGUACUAUCCACUGGAUCUAAAUGCUACUUCCAACCCUUUUCUUAUCUCCUGGUGGCCCCUUGCUCUUGGUGACCCGGCACUAUUUCAUGUCUCGUUGCAAACUGCGAGCCUCGAUGAGGAACUAUUGGCACAGAAGGGGUUUCAAAUGUCAGAAUUACUUAUGGCUGACUCUGUGGCUCUACUCCGACGGAAAAUCGAAGAACCCUCAUUGGCUGUACAGGAUGGUACCAUGAACUCUGUUAUUACCUUGGCAACUAUUGAAUUCGGCAAAGGAAACAUGGAAACUAGCCAGAUGCAUGUUGAAGGCGUAAAACAACUUGUCAAAAUGAGAGGUGGAAUCAAUGCAGUUAGACAAACGAGUCCUCUGACUGCGAGAAUGGUUAGCUGGGUCACAAUGCUUAUCAUGGGUCAUCCUCAAUUCAAUACGCAAAAUGAUCUCGGCUUUGGAGACGGCAUUCCUCCCAUCCCAGAAUGGCAGAUAGAUCCUGCCAGUCUGUCCAGCCCCCUCUCUACGCUCACCGAAGCGGAUAUGGACUCGGAAGUCAAGAAUGUGUUUGAUCGACUUCGCAGAAUCUUUGCAUUGGCCCAGGAUACCCCCUUCCAGUCGACACAGCUUCACGACCUGGCUUGUUUCGUGAUUCACCGGCUUCUGCCAUCGCUUUCAGAUGCAAGCGAAAAAUGCUCGCAUGUUUCUGAAUCAGUUCGGUACGCGAUUAUACUUUACAUGUUUCUUCUCCAGGGUCCAACAUAUUACUCGCACGCCACUAUCUUGAAUUCCAUUGCGACACAGCUGCUGAAGCAUCUCAAACAUUUUCGGCCAAGACCGUCGAUUGACGCCUCCCUCAAUAUCUGGCUACUUUCAAUUGGAAUGGUUGCUUCAUUUGGCACUGAUCAUUAUCAUUCUUUUCUAGAAAAGGCUCGUGAAAAUGGUAAAGUAUUGAACCUGGCAAGUUAUCAUGAUUCUCUAGUCCACCUAAAGAAUAUCCUGUGGUUGGAUGCGCCUCAUAUUACGACAAUGUUUCGACCUCAUUGGGACAUUAUUACCGAUGCUCCAGACUGA